AUGAGAGUAGCAUUUAUUCACCCUGAUCUGGGAAUUGGCGGAGCUGAACGAUGGGUUGUUGACGCAGCAGUGGGUCUGCAGAACCUGGGCCAUGAAGUCGACAUCUACACGUCGUACUGCAACAAGAGCCACUGCUUUGAUGAGGUCCGUGACGGCCUGCUCAAGGUGACCGUGCUGGGCGACACCAUCUGCCCCCACACCAUCAAGGGCAAGUUUGCAAUCUUUUGCGCCACUUUUCGGCAACUGCACCUGGCCUACGAGCUGAAGAAGGGCCCGGGAAGCAAGGUGGACGUGUUUGUCGUGGACCAGCUGAGUGCAUGUGUUCCCUUGCUCAAGCUGUGGUUCCCCAAGGCUCGAGUCCUUUUCUACGGCCAUUUCCCUGAUCAGCUGCUGGUGCAGAACAGAAACCAAAUGUCGCUGGUCAAGAAGGCCUACCGAUACCCCUUUGACAAGUUCGAGGAAAUCACCACCGCCUCGGCCGACCGACUGGUCGUCAACUCUCAUUUCACAAAGGACAUGUUCGAAAAGACUUUCCCUGCCACCAAGAACCCUCUGGUGAUCUACCCUUGCGUCGACACAGACAUCAAGGAGCAGCAGCAGGGUCUCGACAGAGACAUGAUCACAGCUGCCUCCCAGUACACCUUCUUGCUGUCCAUCAACCGGUUUGAGCGCAAGAAGAACAUAUUGCUGGCUAUUGAGGCAUUUGGGGAAGCCCAGAAGAAAUCGUCCAACCUCAAACUGGCUGUGGCUGGAGGCUAUGAUUUCAGAGUUAAUGAGAACGUUGAGUAUCUCCAGGAACUCAUCCUGGCCUGUGAGAAGCUCAAGCUGUCACACAUCUCUAUCACCGCUGAUAAGUACGCCAAGCUGUUGGAAAAGGACACCCCUGCUGCCGUCUGGACGUCCAUCUUCAAGAACGACGUCAUCUUCUUCCCUUCGGCGUCUAACUCGUUCAAAAACACUCUUCUUCACAUCUCCAAGCUUCUGCUAUACACACCUCAAAAUGAGCACUUUGGCAUCGUGCCUCUGGAGGGUAUGCUGUGGAAGACGCCUGUGUUGGCCACCAACUCGGGAGGACCUCUUGAGACCGUCAAGGACAAUGUGGGAUGGACAGUUGAGGGCAAGAGCGAACUAUGGGCUCCUGUGAUUGAUAAGGUGGUUCAUAUGAAUGCAUCUGACUAUGCUGUGCUUCAGACAGAGUGUGUCAAUUGGGUGAACCGAUUUUCGCAGGACACCAUGGCCAGUGAGCUGGAGGAGGCUAUGGAGGAGGUUCGAAAGAAGGCUCCCACCGAGAACGUGGGAUGGGACUACAUUCGUCUUGGCAUGUGGUACAGCGUACUUAUGACCUUGACUUUGUCUAUUGUCCUGCUGGCCAUUUGGCCCUGA